UCCAUAUCCAAAUCCGAUCUCUCCCCAGUCUGACGUCUUGCAGCCUUGUGAGAAGCCACAUUGGAUGCCCCGUCUGAGAACAACUCCCCAGCACACGAGCCUCACAAAACUCUAUACGCGUACCCGCCUCCGCAUCAUGGGUUCCAUACCCCCUCCUCCCUCGAAACCCGUAAAGGUGCUCAUGCUCCAUGGAUACACGCAAUCAGGUCCGCUCUUCCGUGCAAAGACCCGGGCGCUGGAGAAGAACCUGCAGAAGGCAUUUCCGGCGGGGAUCACAUUACACUAUCCGACCGCUCCCAUACGGUUAGCGCCUGCAGAUGUGCCCUUCGCUGUAUCCAACAACACAGAGGGCGGCGACAAGGAGGAAACAGAGGCUUGGGCAUGGUGGAGGAGAAAAGGCGACGGCACACCUUAUGUAUACGAAGGACUAGAAAAGGGACUGGCACAUAUCGCGGAGGUGCUCAAGACCGAAGGGCCAUUCGACGGUGUAAUCGGCUUUUCGCAAGGCGGAUGUGCCGCAGGCAUGCUUGCCUCAUUGCUGGAUCCAGGGCGACGCGAAGCCUUUCAAGCGGCGCAGCAGAACGGCGGGAUCCCCUAUCCGGAGGCUUUUGAGAAGGAUACAGAGGAGGGAAAGGCGCAGAUACACCCGCCUCUCAAGUUCGCCGUCAGUUAUUCGGGAUUCGCACCUGUGGACACGCCGUUUUACCAGGCCUUUUACGAACCCAAGAUCAAGACGCCCGUGCUACAUUUCUUGGGCACGCUAGACACUGUAGUCGAAGAGGCCAGGAGUCUGGCACUCGUAAAAGCUUGCGAAAACUCUGAGGGAAGGGUUGUGUAUCAUCCCGGAGGACACUUUCUCCCCAGUAGCCAAAAGGCGCCUGUGAGCGCGUUGAUAGCGUUCAUGAAGGAGGUGCUACAUAAUGUCGAACCCCGCAAUGAAAAAGAGGAUAGCGUUGAAGGCAUGGAUGUCCCUUUUUGAAUACCCUUGUAGACGCUGCAUUCGUUGGUUAGACGGCAUUGCAUAUGAGCCAGAUAGACAUAGACAAGCACAUGCUCAUAUCUAUAUUACAUAC